AUGAUACAGUCAAACAAAAAAACAGAUCCGCCCAUAAAGAACAUGAAGUUUUCUACAGUGACCACUCCGGAGAGCGAUCCCUCCCAGGUCCUGCGGUGUGUGCUGCAAGACCCAGAUGUGUUCUACAGCAGGGACAUGGCUGGGGUGUGUCUCCUGUACGAUCUCCUCCGCUCUCCGUGGCUGCAGGCUCUGCUGAAGGUUUAUGACUGCCUCCAGGAAUUUCAAGAAAAGAAGCUUGUUCCUGCGAUACUUCAAACACAGGCAUUAUCCCAUGAGGUCAUGGAACUAUUACAUGAAGCCCCAAUUUCCCAUGAGAUCCAAGAACUGAAACAAAUCCUCCAGACUCCACACUUUAAGGCCUUGCUCAGUGCUCACGACACUGUAGCUCAGAAGGACUUUGAACCCCUUCUUCCCCCCUUGCCAGACGAUAUCCCUGAGAGUGAGGAAGCCAUGAAGAUUGUCUGUUUGGUGAAAAACCAGCAGCCCCUGGGAGCUACCAUCAAGCGCCAUGAAAUGACUGGGGACAUCCUGGUGGCCAGAGUCAUCCACGGCGGGCUGGCUGAGAGGAGCGGGUUACUGUCUGCUGGAGAUAAACUGGUGGAAGUGAACGGCAUCUCAGUUGAGGGACUGGACCCUGAGCAAGUCACCCAUAUUCUGGCCAUGUCUGGUGGCACCAUCAUGUUCAAGGUGGUUCCCGUCUUGGAUCCUCCUGUUAAUAGCCAGAAGAUGCUGUACGUUCGUGCCAUGAUGGAGUACUGGCCCCAGGAAGAUCCCUUCAUCCCCUGCAUGGAUGCAGGGUUGCCUUUCCAGAAGGGAGACAUCCUCCAGGUUGUAGACCAAAGUGAUGCCCUCUGGUGGCAGGCCCGGAAAAUCUCAGACCUUGAGACCUGCGUGGGCCUAAUCCCUUCCAGCCACCUACUGAAGAGAAAGCAGCGCGAGUUCUGGUGGUCUCAGCCCCAUCAGCCCCACCCCCACCUCCAAUCAACCAUGAUGAUUUCUAUGGAUGAAGAAGAUGACAUAAAGAUUGACGAGAAAUGUGUGGAAGCAGAUGAAGAAACAUUUGAAUCUGAGGAACUUUCAGAAGACAAGGAGGAAUUUGUUGGCCACGGUCAGAAGUUCUUUGUUGCUGGUUUCCGCCGCAGCCUACGGCUCUCCCGCAGGAGUCACCUCGGCCAGCCGCGUGCCAGUGCCUGCUGUGCCAGCUCAGGUGCGGUGGGUGCCCCUUACGAGGAGGUGGUGAAGUACCAGCGCUGCGCUUCCGACAAGCCCCGCCUCAUUGUGCUCGUGGGACCUUCUGGUGUUGGAGUAAAUGAACUAAGAAGACAACUUAUUGAACUUAAUCCCAAUCAUUUCCAAAGUGCUGUGCCACAUACUACUCGCUCCAAAAAGAGUUAUGAAGUGAAUGGACGUGAGUAUCACUAUGUGUCAAAAGAAACAUUUGAAAACCUCAUGUAUGGUCACAGGAUGCUCGAGUAUGGUGAGUACAGAGGUCACCUGUAUGGCACGAGUUUGGAUGCUGUUCAAGCAGUCCUUGAGGAGGGAAAGAUCUGUGUCAUGGACUUAGAACCUCAGAGUAUCCAGAUGACUCGAACCCAUGAACUGAAACCCUAUGUCAUCUUUAUAAAGCCAUCAAACUUGAGUUGCAUGAAGCUUUCUCGGAAAAAUGCCAAGAUGAUUACAGACUACUAUGUGGAUAUGAAGUUCAAUGAUGAAGAUCUGCAAGAGAUGGAGAAUUUAGCCCAAAAAAUGGAGACUCAGUUUGGUCAGUUUUUUGACCAAGUGAUUGUAAAUGACAACUUGCAAGAGGCAAGUGCCCAGUUGUUGUCUGCGAUUCAGCAGGCCCAGGAAGAGCCUCAGUGGGUACCAGUAACCUGGGCUUCCUCUAAGACUGAUUCUUAA